CCACCUCUGACCCAAGCCGAGAGUAGCUGCUGUUUCCGAGAGGACGAUUCGUAGCGGGCAUUUGGCGCCGUUGUCUUUUGCUCGGCCUUUGGCCUGCCCCUCCGAUACUGGAGCGGCGUCCAGAGCGUGGCCGGCUCUGAUUUACCUGCUUGACUUUCUUCAGAGGCUCCUGCUGUUGGCCUAAUAGGCGGCUGUCGAAAGUGCCGGCCCCCGCGCCGGCGCCGGCAGCAGCCGGGUGGGAAGGCUCAAGAUGGCGUGCCUGCUGGAGACCCCAAUCCGCAUGAGCGUCCUCUCGGAAGUAACAGCUAGCAGUCGCCACUAUGUUGACAGGCUAUUUGACCCUGAUCCCCAGAAAGUUCUACAAGGUGUCAUAGACAUGAAAAAUGCUGUAAUUGGAAAUAACAAGCAGAAAGCAAACCUCAUUGUCUUAGGAGCUGUUCCCAGAUUGUUGUAUUUGCUUCAGCAAGAAACCUCAAGUACAGAGCUGAAAACUGAAUGUGCAGUGGUAUUAGGAAGUCUUGCUAUGGGUACAGAAAACAAUGUCAAGUCUCUACUGGACUGCCAUAUUAUCCCUGCCUUACUGCAAGGACUACUGUCUCCAGACCUGAAGUUCAUUGAAGCUUGCCUCCGAUGCCUGCGCACCAUCUUCACCAGUCCUGUAACUCCAGAGGAGCUGCUGUACACAGAUGCCACAGUGAUACCACACCUUAUGGCGCUGCUUAGCAGGUCCCGCUACACCCAGGAGUAUAUCUGUCAGAUCUUCUCACACUGCUGUAAAGGGCCAGACCAUCAAACAAUUUUAUUUAACCAUGGUGCAGUCCAGAAUAUUGCCCACCUACUAACCUCACUCUCCUAUAAAGUUCGAAUGCAAGCACUGAAAUGCUUCUCGGUUUUAGCUUUUGAAAACCCCCAGGUAUCGAUGACCCUGGUAAAUGUUUUGGUUGAUGGAGAAUUGUUACCACAGAUAUUCGUGAAGAUGUUACAGAGGGAUAAGCCGAUUGAGAUGCAGCUCACAUCAGCAAAAUGUUUAACUUACAUGUGCAGAGCUGGAGCAAUUCGGACAGAUGACAACUGUAUUGUAUUAAAGACAUUACCUUGUUUGGUGCGAAUGUGCAGUAAGGAGAGGUUGCUAGAGGAGAGAGUUGAAGGAGCUGAAACCCUCGCCUAUCUGAUUGAGCCAGACGUUGAACUACAGAGGAUCGCCAGCAUAACUGAUCACCUCAUUGCCAUGCUUGCUGACUAUUUCAAGUAUCCCAGCUCAGUGAGUGCCAUCACUGAUAUUAAACGGCUUGAUCAUGACUUAAAACAUGCUCAUGAGCUCCGCCAGGCUGCAUUCAAGCUCUAUGCCUCUCUUGGAGCAAACGAUGAAGACAUCCGGAAGAAGAUCAUUGAGACUGAAAAUAUGAUGGACCGAAUUGUGACUGGCUUGUCUGAGUCUAGUGUCAAGGUGCGGUUAGCUGCCGUCAGAUGCUUGCACAGUUUGUCCAGAUCUGUACAGCAGCUUCGCACCAGCUUCCAGGAUCAUGCUGUGUGGAAACCGUUGAUGAAGGUUUUACAGAAUGCACCAGAUGAAAUCUUAGUAGUAGCAUCUUCCAUGUUAUGUAAUCUUCUUCUUGAAUUUUCUCCAAGCAAAGAGCCCAUUCUAGAAUCAGGAGCAGUAGAACUACUUUGUGGGUUAACCCAGAGUGAAAAUCCUGCUUUACGAGUGAAUGGAAUUUGGGCUUUAAUGAAUAUGGCAUUUCAGGCUGAACAAAAAAUAAAAGCAGAUAUUUUACGAAGCUUGAGUACUGAACAGCUAUUCCGGUUAUUAUCAGAUUCAGAUUUGAAUGUGCUGAUGAAGACAUUGGGACUUCUUAGAAAUCUCCUCUCUACUCGGCCUCAUAUCGACAAAAUAAUGAGCACUCAUGGAAAGCAGAUUAUGCAAGCUGUCACCCUUAUUCUGGAAGGGGAGCAUAACAUUGAGGUCAAGGAGCAGACACUGUGCAUCCUAGCCAACAUAGCAGAUGGGACAACAGCAAAAGAACUUAUUAUGACUAAUGAUGACAUCCUGCAGAAAAUCAAAUAUUACAUGGGUCAUUCACACGUCAAACUGCAGCUCGCCGCUAUGUUUUGCAUAUCAAACCUCAUAUGGAAUGAAGAGGAAGGUUCACAAGAACGCCAGGAUAAGCUACGAGACAUGGGCAUUGUAGAUAUUCUACACAAGCUGAGUCAGUCACCAGAUUCAAACCUUUGUGACAAGGCAAAGACGGCACUGCAGCAGUACCUGGCAUGAUGGGAGCACCCCAGCACCUGCGAGCAUCCCACAUCCUUGUUUAAGGACGUACAAGAACUAGCCUCGUUUGAUUCCUUCUAUUUGCACAAGUCACCUUGGACUGCAGGGAGCUGUUUUGCAAAAGCAAUUUAGUAGGCUUAGAUCUCAAAUUCAUCUUGAGAACAUUUUUUGAGGUAGUAAUUUCCUCAAAGGACUAUUGUGUUUUGUUUUGGUUUUUUUCUGAGCUACCUGGACUCUUUAUUAGAACAAUCAAUUAUUUUCCUUUGGACCUACAAUUUUUUGCCUAUGCUGCAGCCACUUUGUGAGUGAGAAUGAGAGAGAGAGAGAGAGAGAGAGAGAGAGAGAGAGAGAGAGAGAGUGUGUGUGUGUGUGUGUGUGUUACAUGUGAGUCAGAAUGAAUGGAUGUGUGGGUGAGGGAUACCUCAGAUUUUUCUUUUCUUAUUUUGUGUGAAAAUCUCUUUUCUACAGAUUUUCCAGGGUUUAAGCAUUGCUUGCUGUAUAAAAAAAAACUUUACUGAAUUAUAUACAGUUUGAAUGAAAUGUUAUUUUAAAAACAAAACAAUUGUUUAGUGUUCCAUAAAGGUUAUGUUGAAUUUUGGUCAGAUGAAUAUUUGUAAGUAAAAAAAUAUAUGCAUUUCUGAACCUCAACUUACAUAGAUUUUCUUUAUAAAAACAAACAAAAAAGAAAAAGAAAAGUUGGCUACAGUUGGCCUGAAUAACAGGCAUUAUACAUGGUGCUGUGCAAAAUAGUAAGCUAGCAUCUUACUGCCGUCAAUAUUAGCAGGUACCGAGCCUUUUUUCAGCUUAAUUCAAUAAGUUCUCAGGCUUCCAAGUCAGAAGGACAGGGUGGACUGGAGUGAAGUGAGAGAAUAGAUUCACCAUAGAUUUUGAAACAUCAAAGGGAGCUAUAACUACUGAUAGUGAAAGCCCAGCUGUGAAUCUGGAGGGCCACCAUUUAUAGAAACUGUGGACCAAGAGCCUCCCAGCUGCUAAUCUUGUCACUGGUAUGCAGUAUUUGGCAGGAUUUAAAACCAAGCAUGGAACCUUAUGUUCAAAGUAAAAGUAGGUCACCACUUCCCAGAAACAAGGUCUCAUCACUUUGUGCUUCCUGAGACAACAUAUAUCACUGUGAAACUAAAGCGUGUUCUACACACACAUCUGUAGAAAGAAGCAAGAACAGGAAAGUUGAGAAAGCUGACUUUCUUUUAGCUAUCUCUGCAAAUUCCAUGUAGCUCAGGAUUGCUAGUUGGUAUGCUCUUUAUAAGUUAAGAGCUAAGAUCUUUCCCCACAUGAAGCUAAAAGCACUCAGGUUGAGAGAAGAGAAGGGCAUCUCUCCAGGAUGACUGAAGAUGACUUCUUUUUACAGCAAAUACUGCUUAGUCUUUCUGCAACCCUUAGCUUGGCACCUGCUCCAACUUCUGGUCGCUUCAAGGUGAACUCAACAGGUUACUCUUGACUGUUUGAAGGUAGAACCAGCCUGCCUUUUCCUUUUGCUAGAAGGAGGUCAUUUGCGUGGCAGCCAGGACAUAAGGUCUACAGUCCAGAAGCUUGUGGUGAGUGUGUGCCACUGCUGGGGCCCCAAGCCCACCCACCAGCCACUCCUGAUGAGGUUGCUCACGUUGCAUCCACCUUGUCACCAACUUGCACCUUCCUUGGAAGACUUAAAUAUGGUUGACCGCAAAUGAAUGUUUUUCAAAUGUAUUUAGUGCAACAUUUCCUAUUCUCAACAUGACCAUCCAAGUUCAAACACAGAUUUAUAACUCCUUUUUUUUUUCAGAACAUCACUAAUGUUAAAAUCUGUCACAGCAGGAACUUGGGUUUUGCGAAGAUAUCAGAGUGCUAACGUGAGGAAGCUAGCUUAAAGAAAACCUAGCUUAUUGGGAAUUAAGCCUUAUUUAGGGCCUACUCACUGUCAUUUUUAGUACUGAAAAAUAUCCUUGGUUGGCAUUUGUAACACAAAACACUAUAGAUAAAUAGAAAGAAACCAUUAUUGCAUUGCUGAGACAAUCUUGAACCCAAUAGCAUUAAGAGAGCUGAAGGCCCAGUGGAAUAACACUUCAUCUUUAAACUGGAUAAAUGUUGCCUAUGGAUAUGAACAAUGGUCAGAUAAAAAGUGCUUUAUGAUAAUUACCUUUUCUGAUUCGAAUGAAGGGAAAUGUAUUUAUUAAAACAAAGCCGUUUGCUGCUUUACGCAGGUGCAGUGUUCAGUCAGCAGGAGGUGGGAAGAAUGGGACAUGAUGGUCUUGAGUCCCCACCCAAGUUCUUAACUAAGCUUCUCGCUCUCUAAUACUGCAUUCUGUUUCUCCUUCUGUGCCCUGAUUGUAACCCAAAAUUUAUGAACUAGAAAAGAAUGUUCAAUUUAAUAAGUUGCAUUUUUUUUCCUUACGCACUUUAUUCAGAACAAUACAUGUUCUUCUGGUAGUGUUUGGAUAUGAUUUUAACACAU